AUGGAUGAGGAGCAGCAAGAAGAUAUUGAAAUCGAAGGACAAUCUCCGAUUCCUUCUAGAUACAAUUAACUUUUAUAAAAGACUUAACAGCAGCAAAUUCCUUAGAUGUAAAAUGAAAUGAAAAGAAGUGCUAGAUAGAACACUAACAGCAGCAAAUUAAACAGAAAUUCAGUCUAAUAGCAAGACUAAGCCUUGUCGAUGCUAGCUGGAAAGAACUAUGAUAAUUUGCAAUCAGACAAUCAAUGUAUGUCUUGUCAAGUCAUGAAUAGAGGUCUAGCCUAUAAUAAACUAGUUUCUAACCAAAGCAUCGUAUAUUCCUAAAACAUACCUGUGCAGUCUUAAACUUCUUUUAAUACGUUAUAAGCAGCUCAUAAUGAUGUGUUAUUCUUAACAGCUAGUGAGGAUUCAAAUCCCUAAUUCUUGUACUUCACCACAAUCGAUAUUGAAACAUUUUUACAAUUAAGAAAGACUUAAAAUUUUCAUAUUGAUUUCAAUUAGCUUCCUGAGAGAAUGGUUUAGCUUCUCAAUUUUUGUGGUUAAAACUUUAAUCAUUAGUAGGAUUAUUUCUAAAAAUCUUAGCAGUAAAAUACUGAGGAAAAUGAAGAGGAUGAAAAUAGAUUUUUUUGCCAAUUUACUACAAGUCCAUCUUAAAAUAGUGAGUAGCAGGAUCAAGAUCAAUUGGCAACAGUUGAGAUAUUUGAGAACAAUCAAUUUAGGAACUUAUUACACUACAAAAUAACAAUGGAGAAGGCAACUCAUGAAGAAGCCAGAAAAUGGCUAGGGAAAAAACUACUGAUCUAGAAACACACAAAUAUUGAGUUAUUGCAAGAAAAUGAGGAACUGAGGGAAAAAGUAGAAGAAGAUGAGAAUCUACUUCAAUAGAUGUAGAAAAGUUUCUAAACUCUAAAAGAAGAUAAUGAUAGAAUGCUAGAAUUGAAGGAGAAAGAAGGAAAAGAGCAAGUAGAUUUAAUGGAAUCAAAUAAAAACGAAGAAAUUCAAAAUCUCUAGGAAUAGUAUGAUAAUCAAAUGGACUAAUUCUAGCAAGAGACAGAGGCUGAGAAAAGAAGAAAUACUGAGGAAAUAAAUAGAUUGAGAUAGCAAUUAUAUGAAAUGACUACUUAGAAAGAUUAACUUCAAGAAAUAAGUUCUCAAUACAAAUUUAGGAGUGAGUAGUUAACCGCUGACCUAGCUACUUCUUAAAGAGAAAAUCUCCAACUAUCAACCUAGGCUGAAUAACUACGAUAGUAAAAUGCUAAGCUGGAUAAGAAUUUACUUGAAUAAACUUUGCUAAAAGACCAAGGUCUUAAGUAAAUAGAUUAAUUAAAUGACUAAAACAAGAAGCAAUAGCUUUAGAUCAUCGAGUUACAAGACAGUCAAGAGUAGUAUAGAUAAUUAAGUGAUUCACUUAAAGAAAAAAUAAUUUUAAUCUAAGAGCAAGUUAAGUCUUUAGAGAAUGAAGUAGAUAAAAAUGAGAAAUAGAUCAAUAAGCUUAAUGAAAAGAAUCAUAAAUAUAAGGGAAAAUAUAAGAAUAAAAAGAAAGAGGCUAAAAAGCUAGAUUAAUAAAUUCUUGAAUUGAAUUAAGCUCUCAACGCUAGAGAUCAAAACAUAAAUUAAGGAAAGGAAGAAUAAGAGAAGCUUAAUUAAGAGAUUAGCUCAAAGGAUGAGACUAUACAACUUCUUCAACAAAAACUUAAAGAAUGCGAAGACAUACUGAAGAGCAACUCAUCUAUGAUCGAGUAUCUAAAUAAAAGCUUGAAUGAAGCCUAGAAAGUUACAUUUAGAACUAUGGUAAAUCAAAGAGGAUAAGAUGUCACAACUGAUGUAACUAUUAGAAAUAGAAUUACUUCAACAAAUAUAAUGAAAUCUUCAACUGGAUUCUUAUCUCCAAUUAGAAGAGAUGAUCUUGAAAAUGUGAAUGCCACCAUGGGGAAACCCUAAGUCAUAUCAGGAACUUAUUAAAUUCUUGACAAAAAUUUUGCUUAAGCAGAAGAGACAUCUCUAAGAAAGAUUCAUGAACCUUUAGCUUAAAAUUUGUACUUGCCUAGCAAGAAUUUGAAAAUGCCUUUAACUGAAUUUUACUUAAAUAAGCAAGGAGAAUCUUCAAAAUCACCAAAUUUUUAAAAUAAUCAAGAUGGAUACGUUUAAUCAAGUUUUGGUUAUACACAUAUGGGUCAGACAGCAUCACUAAAUCCUUUUUCAACUCAAUUAUAAAGAGAUUAGAUAGUAUCAAGUGACAAGCUUCGAACAAGAUUUGAUUAUAACUACUAACCGAAUGAUUUUGGAGCUAGUAAAUAUGAUGGCUCACCAAAUAGAGGGUAAUACCAAGGAAGCAUAAAAGGCUAAUCUGCUUCAUUCAAAACCUAAGAAUAGUUCUAAUUUUCACAUUUGAGGUAAUCAAAUCAUAUCUCCUCCAUUCAUUCUAAAUAUGCUCAUCUUAACAUUCCAAGUGGAUCCACUUUAAAUCACAUCCAAUCAAAUACGCUAGGAACUUUAGAUAAAGAUAAUGGGUUCAACAACAAUUAGUUAUCAUAAGAUGGAAGAGAAAGCUAAAGAGAUAAUUAAAAUAAUCUAAGCAUUGCUGGUCAAUCAUUCAAUGGGCAAUCAGCGAAUAAGGGAGAUAAGAAAACUCUAUCAGUUAAAUUUGAUGAUUCCAGAUAAUGA